UUGCCUCCAUUUCGUCUCUUCAUACCAUUGGAGUACUCGGAAGAAGAAGACGACAUUGCACGCUUCGUGUUUAGCGUUUAGGGACGCACGGGAGACAGUAACAACAAAGAGAGAAUGGGCGAGCAGAAGGAAGGCGCCAAGAACGAGGGCGAGAAGAAGGACGAAGGCGGGAAUGUCGCCGUCGUCCUCAAGAUGGACAUGCACUGCAAUGGUUGCGCCAAGAAAGUCCGGCGGGCUGUCAGGAAUUUCGAUGGCGUUGAAGACGUGAAGGUCGACAGUGCUGGCAACAAAUUAACGGUGACCGGGAAAGUCGACCCCGCGAAGAUCAAGGAGAAAUUGGAGGAGAAGACGAAGAAGAAGGUGGAGAUUGUUUCUCCGCAGCCCAAAAAAGAUGGAGGUGGCGGUGGUGAUAAGAAGCCUGAGGAGAAACCAGAGAAGAAAGCAGAGGACAAGAAGGCAGAGGACAAGAAACCCAAAGAGACGACGGUGGUUUUUAAAAUCAGGACACACUGCGAGGGUUGCAUUUCGAAGAUGAAAACGAUCAUCUCGAAGAUGGACGGUGUGAAGGCGGUGAGCAUUGACGGAGCCAAGGAUCUAGUGGCCGUAACCGGGACGGUGGACCCCAAGGAAUUGACUCCGCGCCUUCAAAAGAAGCUCAAGAGGAGCGUCGAGGUGGUGCCGCUGCCGCCAGCGAAGAAGGACGACGGAGCUACGGACAAGAAGGAGAAAGAAGGCAGCGGCGGCGAGAAGAAGGACAAAGAAGCAGGGGGCGGCGGCGGCGGAGGCAAGAAAGAGAAAGAAGCCGCCGCUGGCGGCGGCGAGAAGAAGGACGGUGGGGAGAAGAAGGACAAGGGAGAGAGCAAAAAGGAGGAUGGGGGUGGCGGCGAGGCCCCGAAAAUGGAGCUGAGCAAAUUGGAGUACCCCGGUUACUCCGCGCCACCUCCGAUGUAUUGGCCCGAGGGACCCUCGUACGCCCACAACUACUCCCACGGCCCUAGUUACGCCCCCAGCUACGCCCCCAGCUAUGCCCACAACUAUGCUGUGGAGCCGUACAAUUACCAUGCGGGGUAUGCGAACCAAGGCUACCCGACUCACUAUGUGAACGAAGGCUACGGGAUGCCUAUGGACCAGCGAUUGCACCCUAUGGACCCUCGCUUAAACCCCCCUCAGAUGUUCAGCGACGAAAAUCCGAACGCGUGUUCAGUGAUGUGAUAUAUCUCGAUGCCAAGGACGGGGAACCAAUAAAAUGUGAAAAAAAAGAUAUCGAACCAUAAUUGUAAAUAUCCAUAAUUAUAGGUCCGGAAGAAGUAACUAUAUGAAAUACAUUUUUGGAAUCGUGCAUUAGGUUAGAGGAAGACCGCCCAACUGGCCGGUUGGUUGGCCGGUUCGUUGUUGGGAUUGUAGUUGGUUGGUUUUUAUCUUUCAGUGUCUCAGAAAUUUUUGUACUACGUGCUAAUGAAAUCGAACGAGAUAUUGAAGUUCCAUAUCGAAUCAAAA